UCACUUUGACAACUCAAAGUUGUGAGAAUUCGGGCAUUUUGGCGCCAAAACUGCAAUUAUUUAUACAUUUUCAAUUACCUGGUGUACAAUUUGAUGUGAUCUAGUGAUAAUUUUAACUAAAACAUUAAUAGAUAGUUAAACUUAAACAGUAUUCAAUUUAGCAACAAUGGAAUCCAAUGGAAUUGAUACAAAACAUGAUGAAUACCAGUAUCUUAACCUUGUGAAAGAAAUUAUUGAUAGAGGUGACAAAAGGAUUGAUAGAACUCGUGUAGGUACUCUAUCAAUAUUUGGGGCAAUGCAAAGGUAUUCUCUACAAAAUAACAGUUUACCACUAUUAACAACCAAAAGAGUUUUCACAAGGGGAGUAAUUGAAGAGUUACUGUGGAUGAUAUCUGGUUCCACGGAUAGCAAAGUUCUUGCUGAAAAAGAAGUUCAUAUUUGGGAUGCAAAUGGUUCCCGAGAGUUUCUUGAUAACUUAGGUUUCACUGACCGAGAGGAGGGUGACCUUGGUCCUGUGUAUGGCUUCCAAUGGAGACACAGUGGAGCUAAAUAUGUUAAUGCAAAGACUGAUUACACUAACCAAGGAAUUGAUCAACUGCAGAAUGUUAUAAACACUAUUAAAAAUAAUCCAGCCGAUAGGCGGAUGAUAAUGUGUGCAUGGAACCCAUCAGAUCUCAGUCAAAUGGCGCUACCUCCUUGCCAUUGUUUGGUCCAGUUCCAUGUUGAGGAUGGCAAGUUGAACUGCUUAAUGUAUCAGAGGAGUGCAGAUAUGGGAUUGGGUGUGCCAUUUAAUAUUGCCAGUUACUCAUUUUUGACACACAUGAUUGCACAUGUUACAGGAUUAGAGGCUGGUGAGUUUGUGCACACGACAGGUGAUACUCAUAUUUAUUUAAAUCAUAUUGAACCAUUAAAAAAACAAUUAGAGAGAAAACCAAAACCCUUUCCAACACUUGAAUUUGCUCGGAAAAUUGAAUCCAUUGAUGAUUUCAAAUAUGAAGAUUUUAUUAUUAAAAAUUACAACCCUCAUCCUAAAAUUGAAAUGGAAAUGGCUGUAUAAAAAGUUUAAAUAUGUUCUUUUUGAUAGUAUUUACAUUUUUAUUAAGUAUUUUAUAACUUAAGUCAAUUAUAGGUAAAAAGACCAUUUUUGGAUGGUAACAAUAAAAACAACAGUAUUUUUGGCUCAUUAAUAUAUUAACACAAGAUAUAUCAAAAACUGCCAAUACCAUAUUGAUAAACUAAAUCUACAAAUGAAACCCCAAAUAAUUUACUAAAUGGCAUUUAAAUCUUACAGUGAAAAAAUUAUGAAAAAAUAAGUUUUUAUAUUUUCUAUAAUAUUAAUACAGUAACAAAUUCACAAGUCUUAUUGCCUUACAAAUAUUAAAUAACUAUCGUAUAUUACAAUAGCAUUUUGUACAAUGUGUUUAUUAGCCCCAUUUUAUGUUGAAACAAAGUAAUAUUGCUACACGAGCAUAAUCUCUAUAACUAUAGCAACCAUAUUACAGUAUUAUAUUGAAUAAUUAAAGAUGCAUUUUGUAACAAAUAAUGGAUUUCAAAGAAUUAUGUUAUUUUCAAUUCAUCAACACAUUUGGUCAUCUUGUGAUGGCACCUGAAAAAACAAUGUGAUAACAUUAAAUUUACAGCAUGAAAAAAUUGAAGAUUAAAAAAAAA